UUCUGAAGGUGUGGAUUAGUUUUGCAAAGUUUGAGGCAUCUGCAAUGGAAGAUGAUGAAAGAGGCUCAGACUUGCCGGAAGAUGAUGUCCAGGAAUGUCUUCUCGAUCAGAAGAAGCUAUGCCUUCAGCGAGCAAGAAGGGUGUUCGAGAGAGCAGUUAACUACUUUAGAACUUCUGCUCCCGAAUUGAAAGAAGAAAGAGCAAUGCUCUUGGAUGAAUGGUUGAACAUGGAGAGUAGUUUUGAUGAGUUAGGUGAUGUUAGUUUAGUCCGCGUUAAGUUGCCAAAGAAACUCAAGAGGAGGCGGCAAAUAGAAACCGAGGAUGGCCCAGCCGGGUAUGUUCAUCAACUUAUGAUAUUAUUCUCUAUUUCUUGGGUGGUUGUUUUGUUGUCUUAGCUUGUAACAGAUUGG